AUGCAUUUCUCUUUUGUGGCAGGGCUUCUGCUAAGCAGCUAUGCCAUGGCAUCACGACUGUAUGCAGCGUCGUACGCGGGCACGGUCACAGAGAUGCGUCUAUCCAAACCUGGCUUGCAUUACGAAUUGGAAUCUGUUUCCCAUACCAAUGAGUGCGGUACUAGUCCGUCAUGGCUCAUGGUCGACGGAGAGAAUGACGUUCUCUACUGUCUAGAUGAAGCUGUUAAUCUGCCGAACGCUACUCUAACCUCAUUCAAGAUGAAGUCGAACGGGUCGUUGGCAAAGGUUGAGCAGCUCCAGACCAUUGCUGGUCCGGUAUCUUCAACAUUCUAUACACCAGUCCAUGCACCAGUCCAUGCACCAGAUUGUCAGUUUCUUGCUCUCGCUCACUACUCUGGAUCCGCCAUCAUGACCUACUCCGUUGAUCCCAUCACAGGCCACUUCAACCACUCUCAGACAUUCACAUUCACAAUGCCGAACCCGGGUCCUGUAUCAUCUAGACAGGAUGUCCCGCAUAUCCAUCAAGUUUUGAUCGACCCUACGGGGAGGUUCCUCCUUGCUCCUGACCUAGGUGCCGACAUUGUCCGCAUUUUCCAUAUCAAUCCAACCACCGGCCGCUUAACCGAGCACCAGCCCCUGAUUGCACCCGCAGGCUCAGGUCCAAGACAUGGUGCUUUCUGGGUUCCGGGAACGGGGGAAAAUGUAUCACAGAAUUCUCGGUUCUACCUAGUAACGGAACUCGAUAACUCGGUCAAGGGGUACGAUGUGACUUAUUCGUCGAAUGGUACCAUACUCUUCUCUCAGUUCUUUGAAACCAAUUCAUAUGGGGGAGUCACCCCUGCAGCUGGCUCGAAAGCUGCGGGAAUUGCCAUAUCGCCCGGCAAUAACCGCCUUAUCGUCUCGAACCGCGGUGACAACACCUUCGGGCACGGUAACGACUCCAUUGCUGUCUUCUCUCUCCCAGACUCAAUGGAGAAAGAUGAAUUCUCUUUCCUUGGUCUAUAUCCAGCUUAUGGAUCCUUCCCACGUCAGUUUGAAUUCUCGCCGGAUGGGGACAUGUUGGCGGUAGCACUGCAGAAUAGUCACCAGGUAGCCAUAAUCGAGUGGGAUGCAAAGCAUGGUGUUCUUGGUCCCCUGCUUGCAAAUGUCACACUGGAUGGGGACAUAACUGCUGUUGUCUGGGAUGUGGGUUUGGGUGGUAGUAGGUAG